AUGGUCGCCAGCGCCGUCGCUAGUAACCCUCGCAUUUGCGCUGGUGCUGUUAGCGGGGGGCGCAAUUCGCGGCGGCGAGUGCAUGUUGCGAACUAUGCGGCUCGUCACUUUGCCGAACAACGCGUUGGGCGCCAGAUGCCUCGAUGGCAGCGAACCCUCGUAUUACUUCCGCCCAGGCGCCUCCUCUACCCCCCCCGUCAAGCGAACCUCCCCCCGCGCAGCCGCUUCUCCAGUAGCAGGCGGCCACGUGGCAGGCAGCGGCCAGUCCCCCAAUCGGCGGUGGUUCGCCAGCAGAAGCAGCGGGAUCGCCGCGGGGAAGCCGACCCAAUGGGGAUCGUCGUCGCCGGCGGACGGCGCGGCGAAUCGCGACACGUGGCAGCCAGCGCAAACGCCGGGGGCGACCCGGGGAUUAAGAUUCACAUCCAUCUGCCGGCGGGCGGGUGGUGCUUCAACGCGAAAGAGUGUCUUAAUCGCUCCUUGACCUUCCUCGGUUCCAGUGACGGUUGGCCCCCUGUCAUCCCCGAUUCCGUCCCCAUGGGCGGAAUUCUGAACGACGAUCCGGACGUGAACCCGCUAUUCGCGGACUGGCCCCUCGCGCGCAUCAACUACUGCGACGGGGGCGGUUUCGCGGGGCAGCGCGGGCGCAUCAACGUCACCGUCCCGAGCGCGCCUGUUGGGGGGGCGCAGGGUGGGGGGAAGGCGGGGCGGCAGGGGCGGGUGCUGGCGGGAAUGAAGCCUGGACCAGGGGGGUCGGGGGGGGCGGUGGGGGGCGGGGGAAGCGGGAGUACGGGGGGAGCGGUUGGGGGAAAGCCGGGGGGGUCGGUGGGGGGGAAGCAGAGGAUGGUACCGCUUUACAUGGACGGGUGGAGCAUCGUUCGGUCCAUCAUCGAUGACCUGAAGACGAAGCGGGGCUUUGCGCAGGCCACAGAGGUGCUGUUGUCCGGGAGCUCAGCGGGCGGGCAGGCGACCAUCUACCUCUGUGACCGUGUGGCAGCCGCGUUCCCCUCCGCCUCCACCCGCUGCGUUGCAGACUCGGGCUAUUUUGUCAACUCCAUAGACCGCAACGGCACGCGCCUGUGGGAGCGGCUGGCAAAGAGCAUUUCGUCCACCCAGCAGCUCAGCAACCCUGCCUGCCGUAAACGGCUCCCUCCCUCGCGCCACUGGGCGUGUUUCUUUCCCGAGCAAGCCCUGAUGGCGCUAAAGACCCCGAUCUUCGUUAUCCAAUCGCUUUUCGACGUUGUCGCGGCGGCAAUUGGGGGACAGACCCGCACCACUCCCGACCACAAUUUCUACAACUACACUGCUACUAUACAGUGCCAAGCAGCGGGUAACACUCCGGCCGGCAUUCAGAAACAGCAGGCCGACGACGAGGAUAGACGGCGGCGUCCGGCGGGUGAGGGGAGAGAGGACGUAACGCUGCGCGGGCGGAUGCGCGGACCGGGGGGUAUGCGGGCGGCGGACCGGGAGUUCCGAGUGCUGCCUCUGACGGUGAAAGCGAUGGCGGUCGCGAGCGCGUACCGCGUGGGGGACAGCAGCUUCGUGGUGAUGGGCGAGUAUCUCACGCCCGUCUUGGCGCAUCAUCUGAAGCGCGCGCUCGUAGACGAGUGCGCGUGGGAGGGGGAGAGCGGCGACCGCGCGGUGACUGCGGCGGAGUUCCUCUGGCUACGGAAGGAGGACUACCACGGCAAGCCGUGGGCGCCGGUGAUGAUUCGCUGCACGUUCGCGCGGCCCGUGGGGAGUGACAAUAACGGGGGGUCGUUGCUGCUCCGGCGACGCGGCACGGAGGAACCGAGGGCGAUUGUAAAGAAGUUUCCGUUGGUGUUACAAGAGGUGGAAAUGGAGGUGCUUCGCGAGGAGCCGGGCGCGUUUGAGCUUAUAAAGAGACCGCCACUAUAUGAGUUGGCGCACUGUAGCGGCCCCCUUUAUGGUCACCUGCGCCCCCGUGCCGUCUCUGAUUGGCUACACUACCACUCGCACGCGGUGGGCGUUCAACACUUUUUCCUCCACGAUUUCGGGGCUAUAAGCGGCGAUUACGCCGCCACGUCAGAAGAAACCGCAGCACCAUCAGCAGAAAAACUAGCACCAGCCGGAGGAGGAGCAGAAGCGAGUGCAGCGAGCGGAGUAAGCGGAGCGAGAGCAGCAGAUACGAGAGAAGAAGAGCCGUCUUUGGCGGAGGUGGUAGCGCCGUUCAAGGCGAGAGGGCUGGUGACGGUGACGCGGCUGCUGGGGCACGAGCGGUUCCGGUCGCACUACUGGCAUCAGAUCCUCACCCAAAACGACUGCCUCUACCGUGCGCGCUUCACCGCCAGGUGGCUCAUAUUCACAGACAUGGACGAGUACAUCUUCACGCCUCCGCCCGCGUCGCUCUCCUCCGCGCUGGCGGCGCUGGCGCGCUCGAGCCACGCGUGGGCGUCCAUGGGCGCUUACUGGGGCUUCAUCACGCGCUGCCGGGUUAAGAAUGCACCAGACAUCCUUUCUCGUGCUGGACCAGACACGCCGGACGCUCCGCAUGCACUUGUCGCGGAGAUUCACAACGAACCGCGAACCGUUUGGUUUCUAACUCUUGUGUACGGCGUGCUGCGUCGUGGAGUGAGCAUAGAUUCUGGCAGCAAUCGGGGAUCUUGUAUGUGA